AUGUUCACAGGAAAUCAUCAACGGCUGAGAAGAGGGGGAGGAUAUGGGUUACAGACGCAACAAAUAAAUCAGAAUGGGAGAACACAGGAGAAUCCCAAUCGAAAUGCUCAACAACCAAGUGCUGACCGAUUUAGUGACCUCGCGGCGCAGGUUGCUCAAUUCCUCAGUCAAUCUGGAGGUGCUGACCGAUCUGGCAAUUUCUCAGCGCCACAGGUUGCUCAAUUCCUUAGUCAAUCUGGAGGUGCUGACCGAUCUGGUAAUUUCUCAGCGCCACAGGUUGCUCAAUUCCUUAGUCAAUCUGGAGGCACUGACCGAUCUAGCGGCCUCGCAACCCAACAAAUUGCUCAUAUCACUGAUCAAUCUGGAGGCGCUGGCCGAAGUGGAGAUCCCACAACCCCGCAAGCUGCUCGUCUCGUAAAUAACGAUCACGGGUUGAAUGAUAUAAACAGCAUGCAACCUACUGAACACGAUCUUGUAGUUCAAUUAGGCGCUAGAGUUGAGCGUCUAGAAACAGACACCAAGGCCGACUCACCAAGAACGAUUGGUUAUUACUCUAUUUGA